AUGGAAUCUUUAGCAUGCCCAAUUUGCAAGUAAAGCUACGAACUUUAGAUAGUUGUGCCAGUUAUUAUGCCCUGUGAUCAUUCUAUAUGUGAAAUCUGUUACAUUGGACUGUAUCAGCCAUAAGAAGAUAAUAUGAUAUGCCCUCUAGAUAAUCAGGAAUUCAGCCAGCCAAGUAAGACUCCAUACAACAGAUCUAUAAUUGAUAUCUUGAAGUAAAGAGCUGCUGAGAAUAUAGUAAGUCAAGAAAAUGAAAGAUUGAUGUGCAAAAAUCAUAAAGGAGAAGCCCUUAUGUUGUAUUGCUCUAGACAUAACGAGUUUCUUUGUUUAGAAUGCAGUCUUUAGCAUUAAGAUCAUUAACAUUUAUUGGAAGUAGUUGAAGAAUAAGACCUCUAGCAUUACUUUGCUUAAUUGAAAGUAAAAAUAGGAGAAAAGCUAGAAUUCAUAAGAUCUUAAUAUAGCAGCCUUGACAAUAUGGUUCAAAGUAAUUUUAGCAAAUCUAGUGUUCAAAAUUUAAAUGAGCAGAUGAAUAUAGCAUUCAAGAGCUUAACAGAACCAUUUGUAUCAGAAAUUAGAUAUGUAAAGUUUAAGCAUAUCAAUGAUGAUUAAGAAGAUGUUCAAGUUAUAGCUACACCAAUGGCAGUCAACUAAGUAGUAGAAUUAGCUGUAGAUUCAAAGAUUAUAUAAAGCGAAGAUGAUAGAAAUUUACUUAAGUAGUGGUUCAACCAUUUGAUUAUUAGAAAAUGUUCAAAGAUAUUCGAUAUUGCAGCUGAUAAUUCAAGACUAGAAAAUUUUCAAGAAAAAUGCCAUAAUGUUGGACCUCUACUUUGCAUUAUGAGAUCUACAAAUGGCUUUGUAUUUGGUUCCUUUACUACAAAAUCACUUACAAUUAGAGAUUUAAACGACCUUUACUAGAAUGAUUGGGACUCCUUCUUAUUUUCAAUUAAUAGGAAACAAAAAUUAGUUCAGAAAAAUAAGACAAAAUUCUCAUUUUGUCAUAGUAGUAAAGUCUUUUUAAUGUUCGGUAUACAUGAUUUAAGAGUAUUCUCGAGGUGUGAGCUACACAAUAAAAACUCUUCAAAUGUGGGUACCAUUUAUUUCCCUGAGGAUAGAAUGGAUAUCAAGAAAGACAGUGAAGAAGCAUUGACCUAUUUGGCCGGUGAACAUGAAUUCAAAAUUGAGAGUUUAGAGGUAUACUCUAUAUAAUAUGAGUUAAUUAAGUGA